AUGGCGAAGAGAACUAAGAAGGUCGGAAUUGUGGGAAAGUACGGAACCCGUUAUGGAGCUUCCCUCCGUAAAAUGGCCAAGAAAAUUGAAGUAGCUCAACACUCCAAAUAUACCUGCUCGUUCUGCGGAAAGGAGGCUAUGAAGAGAAAGGCUGCUGGAAUCUGGAACUGUGCCAAAUGCCACAAGACUGUUGCUGGAGGAGCUUACGUUUACGGAACAGUUACCGCUGCGACUGUCAGAUCUACGAUCAGAAGACUUCUUGGGAUGGGAGUUCCCGCAUUCUUCAGAUGGUUAACGAAAAAAUAUCCGGCUACAAUUGUAAACGCAAAUGAAGAGCGAAAACGCCUCGAAAAUGGAAAAAGAGCCCCAGUUGAUUGUACACAACCAAACCCAAAUUUUCAAGAGUUUGAUAAUUUAUAUUUGGAUAUGAAUGGAAUCAUCCAUCCUUGCACACAUCCUGAAGAUCGCCCUCCACCAAAAGAUGAAGACGAGAUGUUUGCACUAAUUUUCGAAUACAUCGAUCGUAUUUUCUCCAUUGUUCGCCCACGAAGACUUUUAUAUAUGGCAAUCGAUGGUGUCGCACCACGUGCUAAAAUGAAUCAGCAGAGAAGUCGUCGUUUCCGAGCUAGUAAAGAGAUGGCAGAAAAAGCAGCAAGUAUUGAAGAGCAGAGAAAACGAUUAGAAGCAGAAGGAAUUGCUGUUCCACCAAAAAAGGAAGCUGAGCAGCAUUUCGAUAGUAAUUGUAUCACUCCAGGGACACCAUUUAUGGCAAGACUAGCCGAUGCUCUUCGCUGGUAUAUUCACGACCGAGUGACCAAUGACGCCGCAUGGUCCAAAAUCGAAAUUAUACUUUCCGACGCCAACGUUCCGGGAGAAGGGGAGCACAAGAUUAUGGAUUAUAUCCGAAAACAGCGUGGAAAUCCCGCACACGAUCCAAAUACUGUGCACUGCUUAUGUGGAGCUGAUGCCGAUUUAAUUAUGCUCGGUCUUGCUACACACGAAGCUAAUUUUAAUAUUAUCAGAGAAGAAUUUGUUCCGAAUCAACCACGAGCCUGUGACCUUUGCGGACAGUAUGGUCAUGAAUUAAAAGAAUGUCGAGGAAUGGAAAAUGACGCGGAUCUUGGAAAUGAUUAUGUCAAACCUGAAAUGCGCGAAAAGAACUUUAUUUUCCUGCGAAUUCCCGUUCUACGCGAGUAUCUCGAAAAAGAGUUAGCAAUGCCGAACUUACCAUUCAAGUUCGACAUUGAGCGUGCUAUCGAUGAUUGGGUAUUUCUGUGCUUUUUCGUCGGAAACGAUUUUCUGCCUCAUUUGCCGUCUUUGGAAAUCCGCGAAGGCGCUAUCGAUCGUCUCGUUAAAUUAUACAAAGACAUGGUUUAUAAAAUGAGAGGAUAUUUGACAAAAGACGGAAUACCAGAAUUAGAUCGUGUUGAAAUGAUAAUGAAAGGUCUGGGAGAAGUUGAAGACGAGAUUUUCAAAAGAAGACAGCAAGACGAAGAGAGGUUCAAAGCUAAUCAAAGAAAUAAGAAGUUGAGGAUGCAGCAAGGGUAUGGCCGUGGAAGAGGUCGGUCGAGAGGUGGACCAGCAUAUGUUCCACAAAGUGGAUCGUUGUUGGCCCCUUUAUCAGCUCCACAGCCUCUUUCUGGUGAAGUAACGCGACAAAUGGCAGCAGAUGCUAGAAUUCAGGCCAUGAAUUAUGUCGAGAAAGCUAACGCGGAAGCUGCGAAAAAUCUCAAAGCUCUGCUCAAUAUUCCUGGCCAGCCAUCGGAUGCUGAAUCAAACUCCCGGAAACGUCAAUAUGAAAAAUCUGUUCAAGAACAACAAAUAGAAGAGGAUGAAGGUCCACAAGACGAGAUCAGGUUGUAUGAGUCCGGUUGGAAAGAUCGAUACUAUCGAGCUAAAUUCGACGUCGGAUCAGAUGAUGUGGAAUUCCGCCAUCGAGUCGCUUGGGCUUACGUAGAAGGCCUUUGUUGGGUUUUAAGAUACUAUUAUCAAGGAUGUGCUAGUUGGGAUUGGUAUUUUCCUUAUCAUUACGCGCCGUUUGCCAGCGACUUCGACACGGUAAGCCAGUAUGUACCGGACUUCUCUCGGAAAACGUUUCCAUUCAAACCGUUGGAACAACUUAUGAGUGUCUUCCCAGCUGCUUCAAAGCAGCAUUUACCAGUGGAAUGGCAAAAACUUAUGUUCCAAGACGACUCGCCGAUUAUUGAUCUCUAUCCAGUUGAUUUCCGCAUCGAUUUGAACGGAAAGAAAUACGCGUGGCAAGGAGUUGCUCUACUACCAUUCGUCGAUGAGGUUCGACUACUUGAAACUCUUAAGUCCGUUUACCCAACUUUAUCCGAAGAAGAGAAGCAAAGAAAUACAAGAGGUCCAAAUCGCAUUUUUAUUGGUCGGAACCAUCCGUCUUUUGCAUUUUUCAAACAAGUUUACGAGGGAGAAAAGGAUUCGAAAAAGUACAUUGAACUUGAUCCUUCAUUGAUUCAUGGCAUUAGCGGUAAAAUUGCUCCGGAUCCGUUUGUCGUCAUGCCGGAACAAGUGUUCGCAUCCCCUGUAAAUCACGAGGAUUGCCAGGAUAUUCCGGUGAAUUGUGGCAUCUCCGUACUCUAUGAGGAUCCAGAGUAUCCAGAUGGAUAUAUUUUCCCGGCUGUUCGUCUUCCCGGGGCUAAGGAUUUGGAAAAAACAUUAAAGCCCGAAGACUGGAAUGACCGAAAAAAUGGAACAUUCCGUCCGAUGAUUGGAUUUACACGUGACACGACCAGAGCGGCUUUAGAUAACUCAGGUCAUCGUCACUUUGAGCAUCACGUUCGUGGAGCCAUGAAUGAUCGGGUUUACGAUAAUUAUCGAGACAAUAAUUACCGCGGACGUAGCAACGGAUAUGAGCAGCGAAACCAAGGAGGAUACGAUCGGAAUCAAGGCUAUCAAGGAAGGUACGACAACCGGAAUCCCAAUGAUAAUCAUCCACACGCAGGUUAUGGAAGACAUUACGGGCGCCAAGAUGGGUAUAAUCAUUCACAAAAUUACAAUCGUUCAUACAAUCAAUGUGAUCGUGGAGGUCGAGGAUUACCACGCGCUGGACCACCAGGAAGAGCCGAUAAUCGUUUCAACCCAUAUCGUGGAAACUCAUCGUGGCGCUAA